CUCUCGACAACGGCAUAUAUCACGGGUCAGUCACGCCUCCUCUGGUCUGUCAGUCAGUCCAUUGACCCGUCAGUCAGUCAGUCAGUCAUUCAUUGGAACCGACAUGGGCAGCAGGCCCUUGGCCUUCUUCUCUCGCAGCUGCUGCCGAAACAUAGAAUGCGCCUCCUGCACACACACACCGCACCGCAUCCAACACCACACAAACACAGACACCCAUCCCAUAAUAAUGUCAGUCAUUGCAAUGCGCGUCCACAUAGACAUCCAUCUGCCCACUUACCUCCCAGCGCUUCUGUGUGUCGGGGUCGAUCUUGCGGUCCUCAAUACUGUCAGUACACAGCAAAUGAGCAGCACAGAUCAGAUCAGAUCCAUCGCCCCGCUCCCCCUUCUACCAGUAUCCUCUCGGUGUGCCAUGCCCAUUAUCUUAUCACUCACACCUGGCCGUGUCGAUUUUGGGGUCGCCCUGGAAGAUGCAGCUCCACCACACAAAGAAACCGAGCUCCGCGGCUCGCUCGCUCUUCUGCAAAGUCAGCUGCACCAGCCGACGAGAUGGCCUCGGUGGCGCAGACGAUGCAGCGGCGCUGCCGUUGGUGGUGGUGGUGGUGGUGACCUGGGUGUCGUCAAAGUCGAUGACUUCCCACGUCCAGCUGUCCUCGUCUGUCUUGACGCGAUGCUCCAACGCACCAUCCACCACUGCAGUGCAGUGCAGCAGAGAGGAACAGAGAACAAAGUGUGCGUGUCUGGAUGGAUCUCUCUGCUGUCGGCUGGCUCGGAUACCUUACCUGUCUGUCCUUUGCAGGUGACGGUGAGGUGCUGCUCGUCCAGGUUGAUGCGGACAUCCCGCGCACCGGUGUCUGGCGGCACCAUGACGCUCACUGUCAGGCCAUAGCGCGACUGAGACCUGAAUGAAGGGAAAGGCCUUGAGCGAUGCACAUCAUGGCCCCUCCUCUCGUCCCUCUCCCUGACCAGUAGUAUCUGUCAGUGGCCCCGCCAUUCCUCGUCAGAUCCGCUGGGCCAGGCCGCCUCGUUCCGCACACAAUGGGAGGGCGCGUGUCGAUGUCCAUCGGCUCGUUAGCAGGCCACUCAUCGCCUCCGUCGUCAUCAUCAUCACCCUGAUCCAGAUCUUCGAUUUCCUCGAUCCGCGGUGGGGCGGGAGCGGCAGCAGCAGCACUUGCCGGCGGCUGGAUGAGCGCCUCGUCCUUUCUACCGCCACCGAACGUCACCUUUUGCGGCGCAUCGAAUCUCGUGACUGUCGGCUGCCUGCGGCUGCUUUUCUCUUGCUCAUCGUCGUCGCUGACGUCGAUGUGGUCCCAUUUGGAGUAGUCUAUCGGCUUGGCCAUGCUUGGGGG